UACUCUGCUAUUAAUAGAAGUCACGCGCAGCUUUAGCAAUCUAAUGACGUUUUCACAAUAAAUCAGUUUUAAAAAUAAGGGAAUGUUCAGCGUGUACGUAAUAUAAAAAGGAAAUUAAGUCAGAGCCGCAACUAUUCGUAAUGAAGAUGCGUGUGGCCGUUAUAGGAUGCGGUGUGGUGGGGCUGACAGCCAUCAAAGCCUGCAAAGAGGCAGGCUUACGGGUGGUGUGCUACGAACAGAGCGACGACAUCGGGGGUUUAUGGAAGUACAAAGAAUCCAACGAAGAAGGUCUGGCAUCCGUCACCAAAUCGACCAUUAUCAACACCAGCAAAGAGCUGACGUCGUUCAGCGACUUUCCACCCCCCAAAGAGUUCCCCAAUUACAUGCACAACACCUUAAUGUUUAGAUAUUUGCAAAUGUACGCCGAACACUUCGACUUGGUUGCCGACGUAAAAUUCCGUCAUCGAGUGGUCAACGUGGAACAGUCGGAGGACUACGAUGCCACGGGAAGGUGGAUCGUCUCGGCUGUGAAUCUGAAGACCGGAGAAAAUAUACGGGACGAGGCGGAUGCGGUGAUGAUAUGCAACGGGCAUCACGCGUAUCCCAACAUCCCGAAAUUUCCCGGACAAGAGAAAUUUCGCGGGAGAAUUCUACACACGCAGGCGUACAGACGGCCGGACGAGUUUCGUGACGGUAGAGUGGCGGUGAUUGGAACGGGAAAUUCGGGAGCCGACGCCGCUGUCGAAACUUGCAACGUGGCUAAACGGGUGUAUUGGAGCACUCGUAGAGGAUGUUGGGUUAUAAAUCGAGUAGGAAAAGGUGGUAAACCCAACGACGAAUCUUUCAUAACGAGAUAUUUCUCUAUCGGCUUGAGACUAGCGCCAAUAAAUGUCUCGUCUUGGUGGAUAGAAACAGACUUGAAUAGGUGUUUCGAUCACAAAGCUUUCCAGUUAAAGCCCGAGCAUCGAUUCUUUCAGCAGCAUCCCACCAUCAACGAUUCCGUUGCAAAUUGUAUUCUCAGCGGUAGAAUUACAGUUAAAGGAGACGUACAGCGAUUCGAAGAGAAGGGCAUCGUCUUCCAGGGAGAUUCGCACGUCACGGAAGUGGAUCACGUCAUCCUAGCCACGGGGUACGACAUUAAAUUUCCAUUCCUCGGCAAAAAUAUCAUAGACACCACCGAUAAUCGGGUGGAACUAUACAAACUGGUAUAUCCUACGCAUCUGAAACACCCGACUUUGGGUGUGAUCGGAUUGUUUCAAGCGAUAGGUGGAAGUUUUUCCAUUGACGAAUUACAAAGCAGAUGGUUUGUGCAGGUACUUUUAAAUAAAGUACCUUUUCCUAGCGAGAAAGAAAUGAAGAAAGACGUCGAAAAGAGAAAAAGACAACUGGAGACACGUUAUUACGAUUCUAAACGUCACACAAUCCAAAUCGAUUAUAUCAGAUACUCGGACGAGAUCGCGGAGUUAAUCGGAGCGAAGCCGAAUUUUUCGAAGAUGUUUUUUACGGAUCCGAAAUUGUUUUGGGCUUUGAUGCUGGGUCCGAGUCUUCCUUAUCAAUACAGGUUGCAAGGGCCACACUGUUGGGACAAAGCCAGAGAAACCAUUCUCGGUUACAAGCAGAGAGCUCGAUAUCCUUUGCAAACUCGUUUUAGGUCAGAUGACAAUUAAAGAAACUCUUCUCCUUGUAUUGAUGCGAAAAGUAAAACGCUUUUUAUAUUACACUUUAAUCACUUUACAAAAGUAUCUUUAAAAAUAUGAAAAAUUAAU